GUUAAAUAUCUUAAAAGAACAAAGACACAAAUCUCUAAAUCCUUGGCUAAUAUACUACAUCGAAUAUUGUCCUAAACUUCCACAUCUAUGCUAAACAUCCAGCUUCAUAAUUAUUCGGUCGAUUUCUCGCGCCUAUGCACGCGCUAUAAAGUAAAAGAACCAGAAGUCAAGGAGAGAGAUCGAGCGGGGUUUGUUCGGGCAAAAUGUUACGCGUGGCGACAUUGCACAAGCCUAAGGAAAGACUUCCAUCAUUCCCUCUAGAAUGUCUCAUGACGAAUCGUGCGGCAUUUAAGCGGCCAACACCUUGAAGUCGUUCCAAAGCAGACGGAAUGACGCGUCUCGCCGCCGGCCCCAACAUUGCAGGCUCCUGGCAGCGUUUAUUGUUGUCAAUUGCCAGUUGUUACCGAACCCCACAUAUCGCGUGAGCGAGCACACCUGGUUACGCGACAUUGGCUCGAAGUUACGCGCGAAGUUAACGCAAAGACUGACAAGUUUCGUGAGAUUCAAUAUUGAAAUUAGAUAAAAGAUGUGGACCGCACACUGCCAAAAUUUAGUGUUCAUCGCCUUUGUGUUCUUACCCUCGGUCGUGAGAGGCGUCCCGGAUUAUUCUGGGUUGCCGCCGGGACCGUACUGCGCCUCGAGGUAUCCCGGAGGCAGUUGCUGCCCAGGACGACAGGAUGAAUGCAGCGCGCCGAUCCUCAAGACGCUGUGCUACUGCGACGACUUUUGCAACCGGACCCGCGAAGAGGAUUGCUGUCCGGAUUACUGGUACCAUUGCAGAGGGAUCGCCCCGAACAUCUCGGAGCCCGGGGAGAUAAGGAGAAUGUCGUGUUUCUUCCAGGGAAGGGAAUACCAUCACGGACAAACGUUAAAAGUUAAUUGUAACACAUGUAAAUGCUCCUCGCUGGGUCAGCGCGCCGAAGUGCUCUGCGAGGAGAAUCGGUGCUUGAUCGAGCCGGAAUUGAUGGAGGAGGUCAACCUUCAAGAAUUCAAUCGGGGAUGGAAAACGGGCAAUUAUUCCGAAUUCUGGGGAAGGACACUUCGAGACGGCGUGGAACUUCGCCUGGGCACUCUCAAUCCCUCGCAAUCCGUGUACAAAAUGAACCCGGUACGACGCAUUUACGACCCGGAUGCGCUGCCACGGGAGUUCGACUCCAGGACGCGCUGGCCGCGCGACAUAUCCGGCGUCCACGAUCAAGGAUGGUGCGGCGCGUCCUGGGCCGUGUCCACGGCCGACGUCGCGUCCGACAGAUUCUCGAUCAUGAGCAAAGGCGCCGAGAACGUGGAUCUGAGCGCUCAGCAUCUGCUCUCUUGCAACAACAGGGGACAACAAGGCUGCAGAGGCGGCUAUCUCGACCGCGCUUGGCUCUUCCUGAGAAAAUUCGGACUGGUGGACGAGGACUGUUAUGCUUGGACCGGCAAGAAUGAUCAAUGCAGACUGCGUAAGAGAAGCAACCUAAAUGCCGCCGGUUGUCGAAACCCAUCGCACCCGCUGAGAACAGAAUUGUACAAGGUCGGCCCGGCCUACCGCCUGGGCAACGAGACUGACAUUAUGCAGGAGAUCCUGACCUCUGGACCCGUGCAAGCUACCAUGAGAGUCUACCAGGACUUCUUCAUUUACAAGAGCGGGAUAUACAAGCACUCUCGAAGCGCGGAGUUGCACGAUUCCGGUUAUCACUCGGUGAGAAUAAUCGGCUGGGGCGAGGAGACGUCUUAUCGCGGUCCACCGCUCAAAUAUUGGCUGGUCGUGAACUCCUGGGGACACAGCUGGGGAGAGAACGGGCUCUUCAAGAUCCAAAGGGGAACGAACGAGUGCGAGAUCGAGUCGUACGUGCUGGCGGUCUGGGCCAAGACAAUAUAAAAGAAAAGAAAGAAACAAGGAAAAAAAUACCAAAGUACUAGAAUAUCCGAUUGUCAUAACCACUGUUGGUGCAUUUAUUGAAUCUCCGCCGUCGUCGUGCGCAACGAUGCGAUUGCCUCGGGGACGAUGAACGAUACAUCGAUGUUCGAAAGUAUUAUAUGUGAUCCAGUGCCUCCGUACAUGCCUUAUUACACGUAUAGGACCGAGAGGGAGGGUGGAAGGAGAGAGAAACGGGAGGACGACAGAGCUGUUUAUAUAAAUAUUUAAUAUAGAUACGUGGAUAACCGAAAAGAAAGUGUCGUCGUUAUUUUCUCAUUAUUCAGAACCAUAAUAAUCGUUUUACAUAGACACGCGCUCGUCGUUACGCGUCGAUGAUCGAUAUAUGUUGCGCAAAAGUCAUGUCUCUCUCACGUAAUAUCAUUCAUGUGUCGCGGUGACUUCGACGUGUAAGAAGUAUACUAAGUGCCAAGAGCUUGAAAUAAAUUUUGUAAGUACGUAA